CUCAACAUACGAUACUGCUACAGCCCUCUGAGUUGUACCUGUCUUCUACACUAUUGCUGAUCCGAGAUUUAUAAGCUUUUAUGAAUAACACUGCAAACGAAACCCGAAGAAUUACAAUGAGGAAAGACGAACGAAAACGACAAGAAAUAGGUUCUGCUCUGCUGUUUCUGGCACUUUUUGUGACUUUCGAAAUUUUACCAUCAACGCGUGCAGCCCCAAUAAAUUCCCGAAAGAACACUGCUGUCCACUCGAAAGAAGCAGAGGAAGAAGUAAUACCAGAAGAGGUGACAUAUAACAGGACAUCCGAGAAAUCUAAAAACUGUGCUGAGCUGUACAAAUCCGGUCAAAGGAUUAGCGGUGUUUACACAAUCGACCCAGAUGGUUCAGGUGCCUUUAACGUAUCUUGUGACCAAACUACUUCGGGCGGGGGAUGGACAGUCUUUCAGAAGAGAAUGGAUGGCUCUGUUGAUUUCAACCGCACCUGGGAUGACUACAAAUAUGGCUUCGGUAACUUUAUCGGUGAAUUUUGGCUCGGAAUGGACAAAAUAAACCGCCUGACACGAAACAAGACAAACAACAUGCUUCGAGUAGAUCUGGGAAUAAAAAAUGGCAAAACUGUUCACGCUGAGUAUGACUGGUUUGGGAUUGGCAACGAAACGGCUAAGUACCGGCUGUUCAUUGGCAAUACGACUAGUGAGACUGUGAUCAAUGAUUCCCUCGGUCGUCAUAGGGAUUUCUCUUUUGGUACCUGGGACAGAGAUCCUCAUAAUUGUGAUGAAAAGAGAGGCGGAGGCUGGUGGUAUACCGAUACACAUUGUGCUGUUUGGUCAAAUCUCAACGGGCUUUACUUUGAUAAUAAAACCUCGCGCGCAAUCUAUUGGAGUAGGUUAGGUACCAUACCAGAGGAAAACAUUCCCAAAUCAGCAGAAAUGAAAAUUAGACCAGUGGACUUCGUUUCUUCUUUUUAGCGGUAUAUAGACUGAAAACCUUUAUUUUUUCUUUUUCGUUUCUGAAUGGUAUUGUAGAGCAUUCAUAGGUCAAAGGAUACCUUUCAUUGGUCUAAUUCAACUAUCCUUCAU